AUGCCUGUGGGCAACGUGGCAGCCAUUGUGGGGGCCCGCAGAGCCAGCAAGCAGCGUAAUCAUGGUUACCGUCCCACGCCUGUGUCCUCCGCAGAACAGAGGCGCCAGGAAGCUGCUUGGCAGGAGUACAAGCGCAAGGUGAAGCUGAACAAGAUCAUCAAAGCAUAUGACACCAACAAGACGGGUAAGUUGGAACGCAGCCAAGUCGUCAAGCUCCUGACCGACAUCGAUUCCUCCACACCACCCGGGACACCUCCGAGCGAAGAUCAGGUUGAUUUCCUGCUGAAGUGCUAUGACAAGGCGGGGGAUGAGUCCAUCAAUGCGUCAGAGUUGGAGGAGCUUCUCUCUUGCUGGUCCACCUACACUGAGAAUCGCCAGAUGUUUGAGUCCAAGCUUGAGAAGUAUGACAUCUCCAAGACUGGCAAGCUCUCAAAAGAAGAGCUGAAGGCAUACCUCACCGACCUCAAUGGUGGCCUGGAAGUAGAGGAUGCAGAGGUGGAUUGGGUUAUGAGUCAUGCAGAUGUCAUGGGAGAUGGUGAGCUAAACAGGAUGGAACUUGCAAGGGCGACAUCCCUAUGGUACGCUUUUGUGGAGAAGAAGAAUCAAAACAGUCAGUGCUGCACGGUCCUCUAG